UUAGUCUCCAAUCCAAUGGUGCUCUUCCUUCUUGUAGUGCAUCAGAGGAUGAAGCAACAACAACAACAGGCCUUGAUGCAGCAAGCAGCUCUUCUUCAACAACAAUCCAUGUACCAUCCUGGCCUCUUGGCUGCCCCUCAGGGGUUGAUUCAUUCUAUGAGUAUCUGUUAAAAGCCCGCAUUCUUUGUGGAAAAGAUGAGUUUUGGAGAAUGUUACAGUCUGCUUAUCUUGGUGUGCAGAAAUAUUUUAGACAUGGCCAAUGGUACCAUGAAACUGAUAUGAGGACUGGACAAGCAACUUAUUGGCAACUAACAAGCCUUCAAGCAUUUUGGCCUAGUCUACAAGUACUUGUUGGGGAUAUUGCAGCUGCUAAUUCAUCACACCGUGAGUUCUUUUCUGUGUGGGAGAGGUUUGGAGUUCUACCAGAAAGGUAUCAUCCUUCUUGUUCUUAUGAGGUUAUCUCAUCUUCUUUAAUAGAUAUAGGCAUUUUAGAUGAAUCUAAUAAUAAUACAACGACCCUCCUCCAUUGCUACCAGCUCUGGAUCAAACCUAGACAAAUUGGUGAAUCUCGUCUCGAACUGUGCCAAAGAAGUAGUACCUUGGUGCAACUCCAUAAAUUGUUUCCUUAAUCUUUCCCGAACGGAAGGAGGAAAAUACUUGACCAGAAAGGCCUCAGUUGGAAACUAGCUUGUGCAACCCUUAAUCCAUCCUCAAUUCUCAACAUCCCUAAAGUCUUAGUGACUUGCUCUAACCAAUCAUGCUCCUUCAAUGGGUCAGGCACUCCUGUGAACUCCAAUGGGUUGGAGGGAAAGAACUCCUUAGUAGCUUGAGGGAACGAGAAUCGUCCCUCUCAUUGCAGUUUAGUCUCCCCAACUGUCCUUAUAAUCUUGCAUGCAAUUUCUUCGCCCACAACCAGUGCUACAGGAAUAGGUGCUACUAAGACUAUUGUGCCUCUACCGACACUUCUAUUGCCGAUAUGCCCUAUACUCCCCCAUCCUAACAUCUUAUAAAUGACAAAAUCCCAACUUAGUAAGCAACUAUAUUCUUCCCCAGCGACUCUCACUCAACACGACUAAAUUACAAGAUACACUUAACAGAUAAUCAUAUUGCACAUAAAUAGUUUAGACAUUUAAUCACAAAAUUGGGUCAAGUCUACAAGGACAUCCACUUAUCCCAGAACUCUCAAAGAAUUCCCAGCAGAAACCACGUUGAUUAGGUGUGUUUCUAGUGAGACCUCAAAAUAAGUUAACUGGUUACAAGCACUAUUCCUGAAACUUAAUCUCAUGCUGACUGACAUAAAUGCAACACAUAAUAUCCUAACUCCUACUCUACCUACAUGCAAGCGUCCUCACAAGCGAAACAAAACCCAUUGUGGUAAAAAUCACGUCCCAUGAGCCCAAGGUUUUUAAACCCAGUUAGCUCUGAUACCAAGUUGUCAAACCCCCAUAUUUUUUUACCCGAAAAUGUUACCAAGUUCCUUAUUAAAGUCCAAUUACAUAAUACAAAUGUGGAAGCAGGAGGAUAAAUGAAUAGAUAGUAGGUGCUCUCUCGCAUUAUACAAAUGAUGAAAUAC